GCACUUCAGCUCAUCAUUCUAGUUUCGACACGUCGAUGUUUGCCGUCGUUCGUUUCGGAUGUCCUGUCGUCCACGUUCUCGUUAGUCCGUAAAGUUCUGUUAUCGCCGUCGUGUAUCCUGUGCUGCCCAAGACGACGUCUCGUUCCAGUGUCCGCAGGAAUAAGCAUCGUUUCCACCGUUGGAGCAAGGUUGCCGACUGGUUUUCGCCAUCGAGUCAUUCACGUUCACGAUUGUACUGAAGGAAUCGGAAAAAAAAUGAAGUCGCGAACAGUCACUACUAUGAUCACGAUGAUGGUCGUCCUACUCGUCGUGCCACUUCUAAACGUUGAAGGGCAAACAAUUUCAGGUCCUCCCCCUAGGACAACUCCUAUGACAGCUCCUAGGACAGCUCCUAGGACAACUCCACAGGCCACAUCCGCUUCACCCACAUCGCAGUCCCAGCAACCAACGACACCAGCCACAAUGCAUGCCACAGCAACUCCAACACGAACACAAACCACAGGACCAACGGAGGUGGUGUCGACUUCAGGCACAACCAGCAUGAAAGAGGAUGCAACGGCUCUAUCCAUAGAUCAGCUUCAUCGCAAGAUGAAUGUUGUAACAAUAAUCUCUUGUGUUCAUCUGGGUGUCGAUCUGCUGCUGGUCAUAGGAAUUGUAGUAAUCGCAGUGAUUCGUUCAGGGAUUCUACGUAAGAUUAAUUGUAUAGGGAAGACGGAUUGAAUGCCGCCAGUAUGGAGAUGAGACUGAGCAUGCCAGCCACGCAAGCACUUCCUCUUUGGAUAUCACAUUCGUCAUCUUGCUCAGCUGGUUGCCAUGCCAAUGACCUGUAAGGUUGUGUUUCAAGCCGGAGACUAUUGAACACUCCCCAUCAUAAUUACAGCUCCCAGCUGCCCUGCAUACAGUGAAGCUACCAUGCAUCUUCAUGCAAUGCUGCAGUUGUGCUGGGAAAGUAACCGCGGGUAGAUUCCGACAUAUUGUUCAUUCAAUUUAUCCAGUACAUUACAUACACACUGCAGUUGCACAUACUCUUUUUCAACAGUACAAUCAUCACUCUGUAGUAGUUCUGUCUUUAGCUCACAUCAAGUCCUGUAGUCUGAUCUUUGUUCCAUGCAAUCAGUUUAUGCACUCAUUGUAGUCACUGUAGGAUGAGCUGCCUGAUUUCAAAGCAUUGUGCCUUUGUUUGUCUUCUAUGUUUUGUCCCAGCUAUCUAGUCAGCUCAAGUCUCAAUUCUGCAUAACUUGUUUCUAUACAGUUAUCCUGUACUGUGAUCAUAUAAUAUUCAUAGCUGCCAGCUAGCACCCAUCACUGUGCUUGGUGUACUCGACUGUCUCAUUUUUCUUGUCUUAUUUUGGCCAGCAAUAAUAUAAUGCUGGAUCACUUGAACCCGUGAUGGUUGUUAAGUCAAUUUAGUCCAAUAAUACUGUGCAAGAUAAUGUGACUUGCAUUGUGGACCAAUACAUGCAUUAACGCACUAUGGACGCAGGCAUACAUAUUAAUACUAUUGUCGCAAGUAAAUCCCACUGAAACUGCGGCCAUGAAUAGCAGUUCAGGUGUACUCUAGUGAUCACAAACAACUUCACAAGUAGCACAUUGCUUUGUAUAUUAUUAUGUUCAGUAUGUCUGAUAGCACUUGCUCAAGCAAAUGAUACCAUAGUGAGAUUACUCAAUUCAUCCAAAAAUAGUCCUGCUGCCUUUUGAAACCCCAUUUUGUCGGAAUCGAGGCGCUAAAACACUUCAUAUUUCCGUCUUCAAAUGUGUUCUUGUUAUAUACAUGUAUAUA